UGCAGGAUCUUGUUCCCCAACUAGGGAGCAAACCCGGGCCCCCUGCGUUGGGAGCACACAGUCUUAACCACCCGACCACCAGGGAAGUCCUGGGACUUUGUGCUUUGGAAGAAAGUGGGAAAUAGGCUGAACAGAUACCAGCGUGACUUCUUUGCUUAGUCAUCCUGUGUCAUCUUCUGCAGAGAUGCCUCCCUGUUAAUCUUACUUUUUAAGCCACUUGAAAACCUUUGCAACAGCAGUCCUCAGCUUUCUGCCGCCCUGUGCUCUCACGCCCGUCAGUACCCGUGGGACCCUGCCCUUCGUGGCCGGGGAGGUGGGCAGGCGUGGAGCGUCUCGCUGGGUUACUGCCAUGCUUCACUUGGACAGUCUCGGUUACCCUCGGGAGCGUCCUAAUCAUGGAGUUAGGAGCACAUUAUACUGUUAGGCUGAUUGAGUCCACUGAUAGCAGAGACAGGAACUGUCUGGUCCGUCUGCCUUCAGGGAAAAUGAAAUACUUUGGGUGGGUAUCAGGGCAUUUCACAUACUCCAAGGAAGAAGAAUCAAGUUUUGGGCACAGUAGGUACCAAACCUUAGGGGAAAACUUAGUACCAAGAACGUAUGAACUCUCUUUGAUGUUUCUAUUACUGUUUCCGCAAUCCCCAAGCCCGGCUCUCUUAAGUAGAACUUCCAUGCUGCCAGAAGAUUUAAUUGGCACAGCUCAGUGGCAGUAGGGGUGAUGGUGAUGGUUUAAGAAGCCCUGACUGCGGUGGGCAGGUGCAGAGGUUCCUGGACUUCAGGCAAGGCCAUCAAUUCUAAUCGAGUUCAGGGAGCACUUCUCAAAGGAGGGAAAAUACUGGGAGUCCAUCAGCUGUCUUACGAAGGGCCUGUUCUCUAAAAACAAAGAACUAAGCGUGCAGUGUUCAAUUCGAAUGAAUAAUUCAGUGGCGCCCACUACGCUAAGUCAGUGUGCUUUGCGGAGGACUUGAGGCUGUUCUUGCCGCUCCACUGGUUAGGGUUUCUAUGUUUUGUGGGAAGCCAUCCUUGAACAAGUAUGACCCGUCUGCCUGUCUCCCUCCCAGUCCCCUCCUUCCAUUCUUCCUUCCUUUCAUCAGCCUCGAGAAGAUUACCGGUUCUUUACAGAAUCUGAUAUAACAUCCAUGAGGGUGUUAGAAGAAUUUACUUUUAGUGUAUCUUCCUUUCCUGUUUUAAUUGUGCUUUUUUAAAUUUACUCAUUUCGUAUUUUUACAGUAUGUCUAAUUGUGCAAUUUGUUUUUCCCCCCACUGGCUAAAGAACACGUAUUGAUGGGAAAACAGAAAAAAAACACAAGGAAAAGUUGUCUGUAAUCCAGUCGUUAAAUUAAAAAAAUAACCCUUUUGUCUGUCUUCUGUACCUGUAAGGAGGAUGUUUAUUUGAUCCCAACUUUAGUUAUGUAUAUUGACUUUUGGGGGUUAAGACAAGCUGCCUCUAAAAAGUCCCCUGCUUUUUCAUCUAGGAGGAGAUGGCCAGCCGGCCUGGGAUAGAUGGUGCUUGUUGUGGACGGGAGUCACCCCAGUGGCUCCCAUCAGACGCGUUUAUAUAAAACAAGGCAGCGAGUUCUGCCCCGGAAGGAGGCCUAGCAGAACUGUCUCGGCGUCUCCCCUGAGCUGCCCGCUCAGUGCCUUUUGGUUUGCACACAUUCUGGGUUACAAGGGCAAGCAGAUGGGGAUAGGGCCCCCGGAGGGCUCCAGUGGGGCCCCAGCCACCCUGAUUGCUGCUUUCACAUAGCCUCUUUGAAGAGCAGAGAUAGUUCCAACAGAGGUCCACUCCCAGGAGGGCCCCCAGAGGGUCAGCUUGCCCUGGGAGAGGGAUACUGGGCCUGUGAUGCGGUGGUUUAGGUCAUACAGCUCAAAAAAAAAAAAAAAAAAAGUGAGGUUUGUUUCUUUCACUCCAGAGUAAAGCCCCUGACUCAUUAAACACUUUCUCCCCUUGUGCUCCAGCAGCCAGCUGUCCACAUUCCAUUUCUAUGGAAGCGUGUGUUCUGGAAAUGUCAUGGAGAUGGGCUCACGCUUGACCUCUCACGUCUGGCUUCUUAAGUGCUCACUGUAGCGUUCUGGAGGCUCACCCACGUAGCAUGUGUGACUGCUUCACUCCUCUUUGUGGCUGAACAGUGAGUCGUGUGUGCCCACCGCCUCCGCUUGUCCCUCCCUCUGUUGGUAGACAUUCAGGCUGUUUCCAUGUCUUGGCAGUUCUGACCCUGUGUGCACACGCAUUUAUCUGUGCCCCUGUUUCCAGUUCUUUUGGGUGAAUACCUACAAGUGGAGGAGUGGAGUCACACAGGAAUUCUGGUUUCCCCUCGGGGACCAGCUGCAGUGUUUGUCUCAGCAGCGGAACCUCUCUGCAGCCCUGCCAGCUCUGUACGAGGACCCCUUGCCCCCCAUUAGCCCCGGAGUUUCUUACGAGAAAUUUUCUCUCAUUCGGAGCAUUACUGCCCUGCAGGAAAGCACCUGGUUAAUCUCCGGCUGCUCUCAGGAUUCCUUCAUCUUUCACUAUUAGCAGUUGGGUUAUGAUGUGUCUCAGUGUGGAUUUCCUUCGACUUAUCCUGUAUGGGCUUCGUCAGGCUUCUUGAAACUCGUAGGCUUUUCAUCUCUGGCCAGAUCGGGGAAGCUUUUAGCCAUUAAUUCUGUAAGUGUUUGUCCAGCAUUAACACACUUCUGCCUCUCUGGCCAUUUGAGUGUUACACUCUUACUCUCUCAGUUCUCUGAGCAAUGAUCAGUUAAUUGUUAAAACACACACACAACUUGGUCUCCGUUUCUCUGAGACUGACCAGCUCCUCCUGUUGUGCCCAGUUUGCUGGCUGUUUCUUCUUGUCUGCAUCCUGCUGCUGAGCCCCUUCUGCGGAUUUGCUUUGUUACUGUUUUCUCCUAUUCUGAAAUUACUAUUUGGUGCUGCUUUAAAAGUGCUGUUUCUUUGCUGACACUUGGGUUGUUUUCGAGAGUGAAAUGAGUAUUUUCUUUCAUUGUCUUCUUACCAUUGUUUGCUGGAGUGCCUUUUAAACAGCUGCUUUACUGGUUUUGUCCGAUUAUUUGAAAAUCUGCAUCACCUUGGUAUUGGCAUCUAUGGGUUUUCUUCUCCUAACAGAGUUGGUGUUUUCCACAUGCCUCAUGAGUGGAAUGCUGCUGGGUGAUAUGAGACCUCGAGUUUUGUUUUCAUCCUGCAGAGAGCCUUGGUGUCUUCUGUGAACAUGCUGUCCACCAGGUUAGGUUUGGGUCUUAAGUUUCUGCCCACAGUCUGUGAGCUGUGGGUCUAAUUUCAGUUUAGUUUUCAGAAGCCUCUGCAGUGCAUCUGGGAUCUGUCCGCGCGUGCCACCCAGCCACCCGUCUGCGUCUGGGCAGUGGUCUGCUUCCCUAAGCUCUUCUGUCCAUUUGCCCUCCCUGCCGCUUUCAGAUUCCCAGCGGGCCCCUCGCUGGUUUCGUGUGCUGCUAUUUGCCUUUCAGAACCUUCUCGUUCCGUUCAGUGCAUCCUGUCCAGGUAGGAGAGAGAGUGUGGAGUAUGCGUAACUAUCUGAUCUGCGACUCAGACAUCUGUCUGUCUGUCCGUUUUUAACAUUAAACAUGGCCUCGACUUGACUGUGUGCUUCCAGGAGUUUUUCCCUCUGCUCUCCCUUCUCUAGUAAACUGGCCCAGAAAGCAUGGCGACUACAGUCCGGGAAGACGGGGUCUGGAGGCAGACAAGAACGCUGCUCCUCAAGAAUUGCCUGGUGAAAUGCAGGACCAAGAAGAGCAGCGUCCAGGAAAUUCUUUUUCCACUGUUCUUUUUGUUUUGGUUAAUAUUAAUUAGCAUGAUGCAUCCAAAUAAGAAAUAUGAAGAAGUGCCUGAUGUAGAACUCAGUGCCCUGGACGUGUCCGUCCUCGCCAACGUCGUGCUUGGAUUCACGCCCGCGACUAACAUCACGAGGAGCGUCAUGCAGAAAGUGUCUGUGGACCACCUUCUUGACGUCGUAACUAUUGAAGAAUACGCAGAUGAAGAAGAAUUGGUGACAUCUAGUCUUUCCAAGUCCGGCUCCUUUGUAGGCGUUGUGUUCAAAGACUUCAUGUCCUAUGAGCUCCGGUUUUUUCCUGAUACGAUUCCAGUAUCUUCUGUUUAUAUGGAUUCAAGAGCUGGCUGUUCCCCAUCAUGUGACGCCGUCCAGUUCUGGUCCUCAGGGUUCACGGUUCUGCAGGCCUCGAUAGACGCAGCCAUCAUACAGAUGAAGACCAAUGUUUCUUUUUGGAAAGAGCUGGAGUCAACUAAAGCUGUUCUUAUGGGAGAAACGGCUGUUGUAGAAAUAGACACCUUUCCCCGAGGAGUGAUUUUAAUAUACCUAGUUAUAGCGUUUUCACCUUUUGGAUACUUUUUGGCAAUUCAUAUCGUGGCAGAAAAAGAAAAGAAGUUAAAAGAGUUUUUAAAAAUAAUGGGACUUCAUGACACGGCCUUUUGGCUUUCCUGGGUCCUUCUCUACGCAAGUUUGAUUUUUCUCAUGUCUCUUCUCAUGGCAGUCAUCGCAACAGCAUCUUCCUUAUUCCCUCAGAGUAGCUGCUUUGUGAUAUUUCUCCUUUUUUUCCUCUACGGCUUAUCAUCUGUAUUUUUUGCUUUAAUGCUGACGCCUCUUUUUAAAAAAUCAAAGCAUGUGGGAAUAGCUGAAUUCUUGGUCACGGUGGCUUUUGGAUUUGUUGGCCUCUUGGUGGUCCUCGUGGAAAGUUUCCCCCGAUCGCUAGUGUGGCUGCUCAGCCCCCUCUGUCAGUGCGCCUUCCUGAUUGGCGUCGCGCAGGUCAUGCAUUUAGAAGACGUUGAUGAAGGUGCUUUAGUUUCUAAUUUGACUGAAGGCCCGUGUCCUCUAAUCAUUGCCAUUAUGAUGCUGCUUCUUAACAGCAUUUUCUACGCCCUCUUGGCUGUUUAUCUUGAUCAAGUCAUUCCAGGAGAAUUUGGCUUACGGAGAUCAUCGUUUUAUUUUCUGAAGCCAUCAUAUUGGUCAAAGAGCAAAAGGAAUUAUGAGGAGUUAUCAGAGGGCAACGUGAAUGGGAAUGUUAGUUUUAGUGAAAUUGUUGAGCCUGUUUCUUCAGAAUUUAUAGGAAAAGAAGCCAUCAGAAUCAGUGGUAUUCAGAAGACCCACAGAACAAGAGGUGAAAAUGUGGAGGCUCUGAGAAGUUUAUCGUUUGACAUAUACGAGGGCCAGAUCACUGCCCUGCUUGGCCACAGCGGCACAGGGAAGAGCACGCUGAUGAAUAUUCUGUGCGGGCUGUGCCCGCCCUCGGAUGGGUUCGCAUCCAUAUAUGGACACAGAGUCUCAGAAAUAGAUGAAAUGUUUGAAGCCAGGAAAAUGAUUGGCAUUUGUCCACAGCUAGACAUACACUUUGAUGUCCUGACGGUGGAGGAAAACUUGUCCAUUUUGGCAUCAAUCAAAGGAAUACCAGCCAAUGAUGUCAUACAGGAAGUGCAGAGAGUCUUACUGGAUUUAGACAUGCAGGCUAUCAAAGAUAAUCAGGCUAAAAAGUUAAGUGGCGGCCAAAAAAGAAAACUGUCCUUAGGAAUCGCUGUUCUCGGGAACCCAAAGGUGCUGCUGUUGGACGAGCCGACAGCUGGGAUGGACCCGUGUUCUCGCCACAUUGUCUGGAAUCUUCUCAAACACAGAAAAGCGGGCCGGGUGACAGUGUUUAGCACUCACUUCAUGGACGAAGCCGACAUUCUUGCUGAUAGGAAGGCUGUCAUAUCACAAGGAAUGUUAAAAUGUGUUGGUUCUUCAAUUUUUCUCAAAAGCAAAUGGGGAAUUGGCUACCGGCUGAGCAUGUGCAUAGACAGAUCCUGUGCCACAGAAUCUCUUUCUUCUCUGGUUAAACAACACAUACCUGCGGCCACUUUGUUACAACAGAAUGAGCAGCAACUUGUGUACAGCUUGCCUUUCAAGGACAUGGACAAAUUUUCAGGCUUAUUUUCUGCUCUAGACAGUCAUUCAAACUUAGGUGUUAUUUCUUAUGGUGUCUCCAUGACGACUUUGGAAGAUGUAUUCUUAAAGCUAGAAGUUGAAGCGGAAAUUGACCAAGCAGAUUACAGCGUGUUUUCUCAGCAGCCGCAGGAGGAAGAGUUGGAAUCAAAAUCCUUCGACGAGAUGGAGCAGAGCUUGCUUAUUCUCUCCGAAAGCAAGGCUGCUCUGGUGAGCGCCAAGGGCCUCUGGAGGCAGCAGGUGUUUACCAUUGCCCGGUUUCACUUCCUCAACUUGAGACGUGAAAGCAAGUCCCUGAGAUCUGUGUUGCUUCUACUUUUAGUUUUUUUCACAGUUCAGGUUUUCAUGUUUCUGGUACAUCACUCUUUGAAAAAUGCCGUGGUUCCCAUCAGACUUGUUCCAGACUUAUACUUCCUCAAACCUGGAGAUGAACCCGAUAAAUACAGAACCAGUCUGCUCCUUCAGAACUCCACUGACUCGGAUAUCAGUGACCUUCUUAGCUUUUUCACAAAUCAGAACAUAAUGGUGACGAUGUUUAAUGACAGUGACUACACGUCUGCCGCACCCCACAGCGCCGCUCUGAACGUGGUGCGGUCAGAAAGGGACUAUGUUUUUACUGCUGUUUUCAACAGUACUAUGGUUUACUCUUUACCCGUGUUGAUGAAUAUCAUUAGUAACUACUAUCUUUAUCAUUCAAACGUCACUGAAAGCAUCCAGGUCUGGAAUACCCCAUUCUUUCAGGAAAUCACGGACAUCGUUUUCAAAAUCGAGCUGUACUUCCAAGCCGCUUUACUUGGGGUUAUUGUUACCGCAAUGCCUCCUUACUUCGCCAUGGAAAAUGCAGAGAAUCACAAGAUCAAAGCUUAUACUCAGCUCAAGCUCUCGGGGCUCUUGCCUUCUGCGUAUUGGCUCGGACAGGCUGUUGUUGACAUCCCCUUAUUUUUUGUGGUCCUUACUCUGAUGUUAGGCAGUUUGUUUGCAUUUCAUUAUGGAUUAUAUCUUUAUGCUGUCAAGUUCCUUUCUGUGGUUUUUUGCCUCAUCGGCUACGUCCCAUCAGUCAUCCUGUUUACCUACGUUACUUCCUUCACCUGUAAAAAAAUUGUCAAUACCAGAGAGUUCUGGUCAUUUAUGUAUUCUGUGACAGCGUUGGCUUGCAUUGCAGUCACCGAAAUAACUUACUUCAUGGGAAACACAGCUACAGUCAUUCUCCAUUAUAUCUUUUGCAUUGCCAUUCCAAUCUAUCCGCUUCUAGGUUGCCUGAUUGGUUUCAUAAAGAUUACUUGGAAGAAUCUUCAGAGAAAUGGGGACACCUACGACCCGUGGGAUAGCCUUCUGGUGGCUGCUAUAUCGCCUCACCUGCACUGUAUGCUGUGGGCUCUUCUCCUGCAGUACUGCGAGAAAAAAUACGGUGGCAGAUCGUUACGGAAGGAUCCCUUUUUCAGGAGUCUUUCGACAAAGUCCAAACACAGAAAGUUUUCAGAACCACCCAACAAUGAGGAUGAAGAUGAAGAUGUCAAAGCUGAAAGGCUGAAGGUCAAAGAGCUGAUGAGCUGUCAGUGUUGCGAGGAGAAACCAGCCAUUAUGGUCAAUAAUUUGCAUAAAGAAUAUGAAGACAAGAAAGAUUUUCUUCCUACAAGAAAAGUAAAGAAAGUGGCAAAUAAAUAUGUCUCCUUCUGUGUGAAAAAAGGAGAGAUCUUGGGACUGCUGGGUCCAAAUGGCGCAGGCAAAAGCACGCUCAUCAAUAUCCUGGCUGGUGACAGCGAGCCAACCUCAGGCCAGGUCUUCCUAGGAGACUACUCUUUGCACCCAGCUGAAGACGACGACUCCGUGAGGUGUAUGGGCUACUGUCCCCAGAUCAAUCCCCUGUGGCAAGACAUCACCCUGAAGGAACACCUCCAGAUCUACGGGGCUGUGAAAGGGAUGAGCGCCAGCGACGUGCAGGAGGUCACGGAUCGAAUAACAAAUGCACUUGAUCUCAAAGAACACCUCCAGAAAACGGUAAAGAAACUUCCUGCAGGAAUCAAGCGCAAGGUGCGUUUGUCAGAGCGCGUGCGCGUGUGCAGCCCAGCGCCUGGCACCGCGCCGGCCGCGCGUCUUACAGCCCCCCGUGUUUGUCGUCCCCCGCAGCUGUGCUUCGCCCUGAGCAUGCUGGGGAACCCCCCGGUCACGCUGCUGGACGAGCCGUCCACAGGCAUGGAUCCCAAAGCCAAGCAGCACAUGUGGAGAGCAAUUAGAACCGCAUUCAAAAACAGGAAGCGGGCCGCUAUCCUGACCACUCACUACAUGGAGGAGGCGGAGGCCGUCUGCGACCGGGUGGCCGUCUUGGUGUCCGGGCGGCUGAGGUGUAUCGGGACAGUGCAACAUCUGAAGAGUAAAUUUGGAAAAGGGUACUUUUUGGAAAUCAAAUUAAAGGAUUGGAUAGAGGGCCUGGAAGUAGACCGUCUCCAAAGAGAAAUCCGGUGUAUUUUCCCAAACGCAAGCCGCCAGGAAAGUUUCUCUACUAUUCUGGCUUACAAAAUUCCUAAGGAAGACGUUCAGUCCCUUUCACAGUCUUUUUCUAAGCUGGAAGAAGCUAAACAUACAUUCGCUAUUGAAGAGUACAGCUUUUCUCAAGCCACGCUGGAACAGGUUUUUGUGGAACUCACCAAAGAGCAAGAGGAGGAAGACAGCAGCUGUGGCACCUUCAACAGCGCACUCUGGUGGGAAAGAACGCAGGAGGACAGAGUCGUGUUUUGAAUUCAUGCUGCUUGCCCCACUUCCCGCAUUUCUUUCUUUUACGAUUUAGUUUUGGCUUGACAGUUUAUUGCUUGAACAAUAAUCGAAGAGCCGAGAAAGCACUUGGGAUUUUCCUGACUCCCUGCAUUGAAAUGCCAUCAGUUGUGUGUUUUGCUUUUCUUUGAAUAACCCUUGCGUACAGCCACGUGAGCCUGCGUGGUGGCGUCUACAGCGUGUUGUGCUGUAGUCUGUGCGUGAAGGUGACUAUGUCCUGUUCACUUUUCAGAAGCAGCGCUUGUGAAUUUAUGAAGACCUAGUGAUAGGAUCGUUUUAUUUUGAGCAGCUAUCUGUAAGUUUAUACCAUCUAGUUACGUAAGUAUGUAAUGCCCCAAUCUAAAUAAGAAGACAGAUACGUAGAACAGAGACAUAAAGCAAAAGUCCGCUCUCCUUUUUAAUUUCCAAGAGAAACUGAAUGGAAAUUGGCCUCCUAAAAAGCUUAAACACUGGACAGGCUGCUUGCAGAGAGAGGUUUGCAGGCCGUGACCUUCACUGGGCAAGAUGCAUGUGUCGAAAUAACUGAAAGGAGACCCUGUUCUCUUAGGUGACUGUAGACAUCAGUGACUCAGGUACAGUUCUUUUGCUUACAGUAAAAUUCAGAGAUGUUUCAGUUAUGGUGGAAGACUGUGUCUAGAAUCUUACAGUGUAGCAAUCUGAUUCUUCCGUUGUUUGGGGCUGGAAUGACGACAUCUAUAGGGCUGCAAGAGUUAAUCCAUACCUUCUCCUCCACCCCGAUGGAAAAUGGAAAGCUUUUGUCUUCUUCAUUACAAAGAAUAUAUUUUAUUAUAUAAAUGAACUUUGUUAUUUGAAUAUCUCUCCUUUGUAGAGUUGUAAGUAUGUCACUGUGAAUUUGUUUACUCACCUCAGAUUCACUUUGGAAUAUGGUGGAACAUAGAUAAACGUGGUCAUUAAGGAAAAGUAAAUUCUACACAAUUCUCUUUAGUAAGAAACCAGUUUUCUUCUGUGACAGAGUUGAAGUGAGAUUUUGGUUAAGGUAUACGUACAAAUACUUCUGCAUAGACCCCGUGUGUGGACUGUAGGGAUAUAACAUAAAUCAUACUGUGUUGUGAGCUCAGCCACUCAGUCCUGUCUGACUCUCUGCGACCCCCUGGACUGUCACCCGCCAGGCUCCCUUGUCCAUGGAAUUGUCCAGGCAAGGACGCUGGAGUGGGUUGCCAUGCCCUCCUCCAGGGGUCUAACCAACCCAGGGAUCAAACCUGUGUCUCUUGCGCUGGCAGGCGUGUUCUUUACCACUGUGCCACCUGGGGAGUCCCAGUUGACAUUGUAUCUCAACCAGAUGAAUGAGAGUUACCAACUUUGGAAAAGCAAGUAUAUUGGGGUGUGACUAUACUGUGUGAUAGAGAGUCUUAGAGAACAGCAGUCGCAAUAGAAGGGUUUGGUGCCGAGUUUCUCUGAAGACGCACACCCUUUGAUGAGGCUGCUGACUCGCGUGGUGAACCUGAACUUUUGGCUGUGCCGCGCGGUGAGACGGCUGUGAGUCCGGCUGUGUGGCUGAGGAUACGGCAGCGCACCUUCCUCAGCCUCAGGACAAGGUGCCCGACCGGCGUUUCCCUUUGCUGUUCCAGUCACAUGCCUGACAGUACCGGACCUUGCCUGGUGUCUCAGGUCUUCCUUCUAACUACACGAGCUGUCUUAGAGCCUCCGCUGGCAUCUGCAGCCCGCACCAGAGUGAUUUCUCCUUGUAGGACUCAGUUGGCACUAGUCUAACCUCCUGUUACCACGGAACUUGCCUCCCGCUACUGACCUUUGGUUCUUCACCUGAGAAUCUCACUCUUCGAAUCUUUAGUAAAAGCUGUCACUAUUAAACUGUAGCACUGGAUGAUGAAUACAAGUCCAGAAACAUUUGAGGGAAAACCCUUCCCUUUAUAGAUGAAUUAAUCAGCAAUGCACUGUGCUUUCUAAGCAAGUCACGGCAGAUCGGUUGCUGUACAUUUAAAGAGGUGCCUUUCAGUGCCUGACAUCAGCGUAACACCCGGGGCUUCUCUGGGGAUACAGCUCUGCAGUUGUGCUCACCGGCCAUCAUUCACAUCUGUCAGGCUCAUCAUUGUACUGUUACUGUGCUCUUGUAAGCAUUAAAAAAAAAAAAAAACAAAACACCUUUUUGAAAAGUUUUUACAUACUUUGAGUGGAUACAUCUUGGUCAUGAAUUAAAUUAUUCAUAGGAAUGUUCUGUUCCCAUUUUCUCACAGUAGGAGCAUUUUUCCUAAUCAGAAGUACCGUUUAACUACUACUUAGGAAAACCAGGGUGAGUGGAGUUUGAAGAAAAGGACACAGCAAGUCAAAUACGGAGUUUACCUUCACUGACUGUACAGUUCAAAUGUCUUAAAUUAUAACCUCAAAGCUUUUUUUUUUGUAUCAAUGCAAAUAAGUACAUACAUUAGGAAGCAGCUAGGAAAACCUCCCCCCUCCCCGGCUUAUGUUUUCUGUCCACAGUCAAAUUUUAACAGUGAAAAGGCUGGACUUCACGGAGUGACAGUGGUCAGUGGCCAACAAGGCAAACGUCCGUCUGCAGCCUCAGGAAGGAGACAGGAGAGGCGCAGCGAUGAGCAGGCUCCACUCUGUCCCUUCCUGAGCCACUUUGUCUUUCUGGCGGGUUUGUUCUCAGUAAAAGGCUGCAUGUUCCCCUAAAAGCCUACUUUCCUUUAAAUCGCCCCAAACUAUCUAAAACCACUGUUUUUAUCGUUAAAAUGUUUUUAGAGUAAUUUAAUUCCACCAACACUUUAGUGAUCACGUUUCAAGCGGUGGGUCUUUGGGUAAGACCGUAACUCUCCGCUUUGGCCUUGUAAGGUCUUACAGUGCAGCAGGAAGACAUUAGAAACUUGGGUCACUUAGCACUCAGUCAUGUCCAACUCUGCAACCCCAUGAGUGCAGCCCGCUGGGCUCCUCUGUCCAUGGGGUUUCCCAGGCAAGAACACUGGAGUAGGUUGCCAUUUCCUUCUGCAGGGGAUCUUCCUGAUCCAGGGAUGGAACCUGCGUCUCCGGCAGUGGUGGGCCUGUUCUUCACUAACCCUAACCCCUGAGCCCCCAGAGAAGCCCCCAGAUCCUUGGGUCCUGACUCUGGUACCGUAUGAUGGCACUUUGCUGGCUGUACAAUGUUUGGUUGGGGCAGAGCUCUACUGAGGGUUAGUGGCAUCCUGCUUUUAUCGUUCUGUUGGCCACAGAUUUUCUUCGGUUGUACUAAGAAUCCAACAAAACAUUAUGCUGCAUUUUUAUGUAACGCAUUAAUAGAUGUUCAUCUUUUAAAAACAGAAAUGCUCCUCUCUAAUGUAUUUGUAAUAUUACUAAAUGAUUUUUCGUUUUCUUUCCCGAAAGAACACGUUACAUAAAAUGAAAAAAUCUUUUCUCAGGUGAAUAACUUUUAUAUCAGCUAUUCUUAUAAGGUAAAAGUUUAUUUAUUUUUUAUUCAUAAUACGUUCCAUGUAAUUAAUUCUCAGUGUACCCAUUUAAGAAAAGUAAGUAUGAUUAUAGUAUUAGUAGUAAGCUUUAAGAACUGAAACUUUAGCACAACUUUUCAUUUUGUAUGAAAUGGAUACUUUGUUACUUAGUGUAUAUUAAAAAUGAAGGGAAAAUC